ACUGAAAUUCGCACAGUUUGAUAGGUACCAUCAUGCCCAGAAAACGCUCGAGCUGUACGAUCUUCUGUCUGGAGGUGUCCAAGUUCUUUAAGAAGCAACGCAAAUACAAGGGCACCGUUAUAACGGCUAUGGUGAUGCCGGUUUUAUUCUCUCUAUUUAUUAUCAUGAUACGAUAUUCCCCCAAAAUCGAUGCUGCGGAAUUAAGCUCGAGCGAAACGAUCCAAUACGAGGUCUGGUGGAAGGCGCUUAUCGAUAAAAUAAAGGAACGUCGCGAGCGUAUGAUCAGAGAGGAUAAAACCUUUAAGAGCAACGUAUUUGUGCCGCACAUUGCUGUCGGCUAUGCACCAAACACAACGGCUGGCAUCCGUCAACUGGUGGAGGUGGCCCUGACCGGCAUAUCCCUGAAACGGGAUGAGAUCUAUGGAUUUGCUGAUUGCGAUGAGAUGCGCAUUCGCUUGGAAAUGCAAAAUUAUAUUGCCAGCUUGUGCUUUCACGAUGUGGACGAAUCGCAUCAUGGUCUGCCCGGCAAGCUACGCUUUUCGAUAUUGAUGCCAGCGGAGUUGAGAUUUUAUGAUAACACUUGGAUAGGUGAUUCGUGGCAUAUUAAGGGGACGCUCGAUACGCACAGCUCGCGAAAGUCAAAUACUAGUAACAUAAAAAAGGCAUCCAAAUAUGUACGCGAGGGCUUCAUAUCUUUGCAGCAUUCCGUAUCGUUUCAGUAUCUGCUGAUGGCAUCCGGUAACGCUGCGUUGCCAAAAGUUAUCUUACGCCCCUUCAACCUAAAUAAUACUGUGCACGAGCUAAUAGCCGAGGGCGUUGACUCGGCUGUAUUAGUGCUGCUAAUUGGAUUCAUGUUUCCCGUCGUCAUUUUAACAAAGGUUCGUACUAUCGUUUAUUUGU